AUGACUUCAAUACUGCGACCUGUCGGAAGGUCGAGACUUUUCAAAGGCUGGUUUUUGAGGAGAAUUUUGUUACUACUUUCUGUAACCUUGAUCACUUAUUUGGCGCUUUCCAAUAGUCAACUCGAUGACGAGGAAUUCGGGGGUUAUGCUCAUGCAAGACAUGCUCGCGAGUUUUCACCGUUUCAUUGGAUACAAAGAAGAAUGGACAAGGCGACUGCUGAUGCCAAUAAAUCGAAACCGUCGUGGCUAAAUCCGUUCAGCUAUUUGCCUUUAACAUCUGGCAUAACAGCAGUUGAAUCUAAGGUGCUAUUAAACUGGGAGGAUAUCUCCAAAGCACAAAAGUGUAGAUACAUGAUCGAUGCCAUAUAUCGGACUAAUGGAGACUGGAGUAACAGCAGAAUAACAGAAUUUUCGGGUCAAGAUUUGGACGAUGUAUUGAUAUCACUAUUGGGCGAAAGAUUAAGAUUAUUUAACUAUUGUUUUGCGUCUACCGAAAAGACCACAAUACAACAAGUAUUAGACGUCAAGAGUGUAUUGAACCCCAGUGACUCACUGGGUAUUUCGCCGAAUGAUUUCCUGCGAAGAAUGUUUCCCUUUUUAAGAGAUGUAAAUGCAAGUGAUGAACCACUGUGGCCUAUCAUAACGGAUUUAAAAACUGGUUUGAAACUAGCAAUACCAGAAGUGCCGGCUGACUUUAAUGAGAAUUUUUGGUUUUACUGGAGAGAGUAUUCUCAAGGAAGAGGGAUUGUGAUAACUUUAGCUGAAAGCACCAAGACCCUUUUUUUCAAUCAGCUAAAAGUGUUGGAUUACAUGAAGAAUAAAUUGCCUAUUCAAGUUGUUACGAAAGGAACUGAGUUUUCUGCAGAGUUUGUCGAAGAACUGUCAAAUGUCGUCAGGACAUCAGAGCAGCGUGUUUAUCUUGUUGACUGCGCAACUGUGCUGGAUUCUGACUUUUCGCAAAGAUUUGUUGUGAAUGUUAUCAAUAAAUGGUUAGCGGUUAUUUUCAAUACAUUUGAAGAGAUGGUCCUCCUCGACGUUGAUGCUGUUCCAUUCAUUUCAUUAGACGUAUUUUUGGAUGAUCCUCAGUACAAAUUGAACGGAAUGCUGCUCUAUAAGGAUAGAAACAUGCCAAGCGAACAUACAUUGGGAUAUUGCAUUGAUAUGCUAGCUGAGGUAGAACCAUCUUAUCAAGAAGAAAAUUUAAUCAAUAGUAAAUUGAAAUUUGCCAUCAAUGAAGUGAGCUUCGAUGAUGAUAGUGAAGAAGCUACAGUUUUCAGAGGUUUCUUUCACAAUAAAUUUCUUCAUCAUGUGGAUAGUGGAUUAGUCGUGAUAAAUAAAUCGAGUAACUUGAAUGGACUACUCUUUUCCUUCAUGCUCAAUCUAGAUGCCAAAAUGAGAAGAUGUGUCUAUGGCGAUAAAGAAAUUUUUUGGCUAGGUCAGUUAUUCGCAGGACAGAGUUAUGCUAUUUAUCCUGUGGAUGGAGGUAUUAUUGGGCCGCUCGUUGAGGUGCCAGCUGAAAAGAGUUCGACUUCAAUAUAUCAGAUAUGCGGCGCUCAGAUGGCCCAUAGCAGCCGAAAUGAUCAAUUACUAUGGACAAACGGCGGUCUGAAAACCUGCAAGAUCACAAACAGUGCAGACGCGGAUUUUCAAAAAGAUUUCGAUUAUUUUGAAAAUAGAUAUGAGAACGCUGAAAAUUUGAGAAGUAUCUAUGAUUCCUCGCUAAGAAUUGAAGGCUUAAUUAUACCUAAUACGAGUGAAAAUCCCUGGAUGCAACUUCAAGAAUGUAGUGGAUACAUUUAUUGCGCAACUGCAUUAAAGGAUCGUGACUCUUUUGAGGAAACAGGUCAUUUAAUAACUUUUGAGGAGGAGACACAAAAAAAAUUGAGCGAGAUUGCGCAUAUUUGGAAUCGAUCUUAA